UCCUUUCUGUUAGCAAACCAAAAGUGUACAAGUUGAAUAAGCACAUGAGCAAAAGGUACAAGUAAGGAAAGCGCAUCCUCUUUACUAAAAUUGCUGUAGGGGGUUUUUGCUUCUACUUCUUCAAUCAGCUAAACCCCAGCUUGAAAGGUGAUGGGGGUUGUUGACGCGCCUGCGGUUGCGCCGCCGGAAACGGCGAGAGAUAUGUCUCAAGCGGAGAGCUUGAACCAAAGCGUGGAGGAGAUGUCCAUAAAAGUUGACCAGCUGGAGCAGAAACUCAAUGAGGUCGAACAAUUCUACUCUAAUUCAAAUACAAAACACCCAAACACUCCAAAAGGUGGUUCGUUAGGGAAGGACAAAGAAAAGGAGAAGUUCCCUUUGAGCAGCUUUAAGAAGAAGCAGCAAGAUAUAGCAAGUAGGGAAGCAGCUGCUGCUCAGAGAAUGCAAGAGCUUAUGCGCCAAUUUGGGACGAUAUUGCGUCAGUUAACUCAACACCAGUGGGCUGGACCAUUCUUGCAGCCUGUGGACGUAGUAGGUCUUGGCUUGCAUGACUACUAUGAGGUUAUUGAGAAACCCAUGGAUUUCAGCACUAUCAAAUGCAGAAUGGAGGCCAAAGAUGGUACUGGGUAUAAAAAUGUUCGAGAAAUAUGCGCUGAUGUGAGGCUGAUAUUCAAGAAUGCAAUGAAAUAUAACGAAGAAAGAGAUGAUGUCCAUGUUAUGGCGAAAACUUUGUUGGAUAAGUUCGAGACAAAAUGGUUGCAACUUCUACCAAAAGUUGACGAAGAGGAAGAAAGGCGGAAAGAAGAAGAAGCUGAGAUGCAACUAGACAUGCAGCUUGCUCAAGAGGCUGCUCAUGCCAAAAUGGCUAGAGAAUUAAGUUUUGAUCUGGAUGAGGUCGACACACAUCUUGAGGAACUCAGAGAUUUGGUACUUCAGAAAUGCAGAAAGAUGACAACCGAAGAGAAGAAACGACUCGGGAGUGCUAUCACUCGUCUAUCUCCCGAGGACAUCAACAAGGCUUUAGAAAUAAUUGCCCAGAACGACCCCACGUUUCAAGCAUCGGGCGAAACUGUCGAAGUUGACAUUGACGCACAGAGUGAAUCCACCUUGUGGAAAUUGAAGUUUUUCGUCAAAGACACGUUACAGUUACAGAUGAAGAGCUCACCGAGCACCGGAGGGAACAACAACGGCGACAACAACCAAAACUGCAACAAUAAACGGAAGCGCGAUAUGCCCGAAAGCGUAGCUAAAACUGUGCAGAGAAAGAGCAAAAAGCCCACCAGCUGAGGGUGGGAUGCAGUUUUGUAUCAAUAGUUCUAUGUAAAUGAUGAUUUUCUCAUUGUAUAGGUGCCUGAAGAAAUGUUUGAAACUCUCUCUUCCUAGUUACUCUUUGCAAGGCAUGGUAUAAAUUGAUUAAUACUUUUUCAGAAUGCAGUGCAGUUACUUUUUA